AUGACAAUAGAAAGAAAAGCAGCCCACCCCUCCAGCAUCACCACGUCCAAGAGAAAUGCUGAAGGGGAGGCUAAAGGAGAUAAAGCCAAGGUGAAGGAUGAAUCACAGAAAAGAUCUGCAAGGUUAUCUGCUGAAACUGCUCCUCCAAAGCCCAAGCCUAAAGAGGCCUAUGCAAAGAAGGGAGAGAAGGUACCCAAAGGAAAAAACAGGGAAGUUGAUGCCUGCAAGGAUGGGAAUAACACUGCAGACAAUGGAGUUGCCAAAACAGACCAGACACAGACAGCUGAAGGUGCUGGAGAUGCCAAGUGA